AUGAUACUCGUGUUUGUGGACCCGAGAGAAGUCAUUUCGAGCCUCUUUUAUGUUAGUAAAACUUGGAAUAAAAUGUUGUUGAACUCCCAAAUAUGGAAUUAUUAUGAGGAAAAAUAUGGAAUUCUCUCAAGAGUAACCAUUAACCCAUUCAAAAUCUUAUCAGAGAGGAGGUCUAAGGGUAAGGUGUAUAUGGGUAAAUACCUGUGUGAUUCAAAUAAAAACAAAAAUAACUAUGAAGAUGUUGUAGUGAGGGUGGUAAACCUUAAGCUAACCAACGCGGGAAAGAACGACGGAAUUCCAACGUCGAGCCUUAGAGAGAUGUCAUUCAUGAAAAUGAUCAACCACCCCAAUGUGGUUAAGUACUACGGAGCCCAGAUUAUCGAUAACAACCUGUUUAUAGUUACUGAAUAUUUAGAGUACAAUUUAAUUGAAUACAUGGAACGAAAGCACAACGAAUUUGAAUGUAUUACCCCGUGUAAGAGUUUGCUGAGAAAUGAAGUAAUGAAAAUAAUGUUUGAUUUACUUAAGGCGGUAUCCUCUAUACACACUAUGAAGGUGUUUCACAGGAACCUAAAACCUGAGAACAUCUUUGUGGAUUGUGAUGUAAUUGUGGAUGGAACCAGGUUGAUUUACAACUUUAAAAGUCUUAAGAUUGGGGAUUUUGCUAUGGGAAGAUUAACGGGGUUAAUGGAGUACUCCCCAGAGGAAACCAAGGAGCGUUACCAAAGUUUUAGAGAGUGUAGAAGACUAUUUUACAGAGCUCCAGAACUUAUUCUAAGGUGUGAUUCCUACGAUAAAUCAAUUGAUUUGUGGUCCAUUGGUGUUAUAUUCUAUGAAAUUGCUUGUAAUGAUAUCUUGUUCAAGGGUAUUAAUGAAAUCAGCCUCGUAUGGGAUAUUUUCAACGUCACAGGCUUCCCUGACCAUACGUCACUUAACUCAUUGUCUAUGGAUCUUUAUCUCAAAUGGAACAGUGUUAUACUCCCAAAUAAGCCAAUAGAUAUUGAACAUGUGAUAUCAAGUUCAAAAUGGUAUAUACUUACUUAG